AUGAACAGAGAUAAAGAAAUUUGUAGGAAUGAUACAGUUUUAAUGUGUGACACUUUAUCUUCUUUGGGUUAUACAGUGAAUAAAAAGAAAUCUGUUCUUGUCCCCACACAGAGGUUGAUAUUUUUUGGUUUUGUUUUGGACUCCGUUUUAUUUAUGGUUUUCCUGACAGAUGAGAAAGUUCAAAAAAUAGUUUCUUCGGCUUCUAAUCUUCUACAGAAGGAGGUUGUUGUUGUCCGAGAUCUGGCCUCUUUUAUAGGGUUAGUGAUCAAUGCAUUUUAUGCAGUUCUCGAAGCCCCAUUGCAUUAUAGAAGCUUAGAAAGAAAUAAAUUGUUAGGUCUUGGUUCUAACAUGAAUUUUGAUAAUAAGGUUGUCCUCAGUAAGGAUAGUCGAGAGGAGUUGUUGUGGUGGAAAAAUAAUGUCACCAUCAAAAAUGGAAAACAUAUAAGGCCUGGACCAGUUGAAUACUGGUGUUAUUGUGAUGCUUCGUUUGUUGGGUGGGGCUCGUAUGAUGAAGAACUUAAUAAAUCUGCUAAUGGAAGAUGGAAUUCUUCUUUGUUUGAUAAAUCUAUAAAUUAUCUGGAAUUAUUAGCUAUUUUCAAUGCAGUCCGAGCUUUGUAUAAUGAGGUGCGGGAUACCCAUAUAGAGAUAAAGUCAGACAAUGUUUCGGCUAUAGCUUAUGUAAAUGACCUAGGUGGAAUGACUUCCUUAUCAAUGGAUUUGUUGGCCAAAGACCUUUGGGAAUGGUGCUUGUCUAGGGAUAUUUUUCUUUCUGCAUCCUAUAUUCCUGGUGUAGAUAAUGUGUAUGCUGAUUAUUUUUCAAGGAAUUUCUCGGAGAGUACUGAAUGGUCUUUGAAACCAGACAUUUUUGAAAGAAUUUGUGGAACUUUAUUCAAACCUGAUAUAGACCUUUUUGCCUCUGAAUGGAAUAAGAAGUUAGAUAGAUAUGUCUCAUGGUUUUCAGGAAGCACUGAAAGUGCUUAUGAUUCUUUUACAAUGUCAUGGUCUGGUUUUACUCCAUAUUUAUUUCCUCCAUUUAAUUUGGUUGGGAAAGUAAUGAACAAAGUUUUAUCAGACAAGGUAAAUAAGGCCAUUCUUGUGUUUCCUUUUUGGAAAUCAGCUACUUGGUUUCCAUUGGUAUUAUAUAAUAUUAUUUCUUUUCCAAUCAGGCUACCUCGCCACCGAGACUUGUUAUCUCAGGAACACAACGGGAAAACACAUCCUCUACAGAAUUCUUUAACAAUGGUCGCUGUCGUUAUAUCUGGGAAGCAUUACAAAGUCAGGGAGUUUCAAGAUCAACUGCAUGUGUCAUUACUGAAGCAUGGAAGAAAGGAACCAUCAAACAGUAUGAAUUCGCUUGGCGUAGCUGGUAUUUUUGGUGUUAUAAACAAAGUAAAAGUCCCUUUUCAGCGUCUGAAGGUACUGUAG